AUGGGGUUUCGUAUCACUACUUGGAAUGGGUUAAUUGAUUAUAAAAGGAACCCAUUCUCAUAUGAACCAUGGAGGGGAACUCGGACAUUCGAGGCCAUGUUCGAUAUACUUGAGGCAGAUAUCGUGGUCUUUCAAGAAGCCAAGAUCCAGCGUAAAGACCUUCGCGAUGAUAUGGUUCUUGUUCCAGGAUGGGACUGUUAUUUCAGCCUGCCCAAAGCUAAGAAAGGAUAUUCCGGUGUGGUGGUUUAUACGCGUAAUUCCACUUGUGCUCCUAUCCGUUUCGAAGAAGGCAUAACUGGGGUACUUUCCCCGCCGAACUCAUCAGUUCGCUUCCGGGACUUGCCAGAGGAUCAACAGAUUGGCGGGUACCCUACAUUGAAGCAACUCAGAAGAACUUCCUCUAAUUCUGAUGGAAGUGAUCAGGAGACUCCUUGUGAGAAUUCAUCACCUGACGAUCAGGUCGAUGCAGCAACUCUGGACUCCGAAGGACGAUGUGUCAUUCUGGAGUUUCCAGCCUUCGUUCUCAUUGGAGUCUACUCUCCUGCAUUUCGGGAUGAAGCCCGUGAUAUAUUUCGUAUGGACUUCCUUAAUGCUUUAGAUGCUCGGGUCCGAAACCUUGUGGCUAUGGGAAAGCGAGUGUUUUUGACUGGCGAUAUUAACAUCGCAAAGGGGGCGUGUGACUCAGCGCAUGCAAUGGAAAGCAUUCGAAAAUGCGUAACGACUGCAGAAGAAUAUAUAUCUAGCCCGCCUAGAAAAUUAUUUCAUUCUCUGCUGUCCGAUGGAGUAGUCAUUGGACAACGGGAUAAGGGCAGAGAACAACCUGUCCUGCAUGAUAUCUGUAGGUCAUUUCAUCCAGAGCGCUCAGGCAUGUAUACAUGCUGGGAUACAAAACUCAACACCCGACCUGGAAAUUUCGGCUCUAGAAUCGACUAUGUCCUGUGUAGCCUGGACAUGCAGGAUUGGUUCUCGGACUCAAACAUUCAGGAAGGAUUAAUGGGUUCAGAUCACUGUCCUGUCUUUGCAGUUUUCAAGGAUCAGGUUCAGCAUGACCAGGCCAUAAUUCAUAUCCGCGACAUCAUGAACCCACCGGGGAUAUUCAAGUGUGGUGAGAGGCAACAGGAGUACUCUUCUCGAUACAUGCUUCCAACAUCGGCACGUCUACUCCCAGAAUUUGACGUCGACAAACGGAGAAGCAUCAAGGAUAUGUUUGCUCGCAAGCCACCCAAAAUUCUCUCCCAAUCCACAUCAACUACCAAUACCACAGAGAAAUUAGAUAUAUCAUCAAGCAGUAUAACAGCAGAACCAGCAACGUUUCAUCCCAAUUAUUCUGCCUCUACCUUGCCAACCCCCUUCGCGGGGACACCUCUCCAAGCUCUGCCUCGCAAACGACCUCAAACAACGUCUGUCGUGCCUGUCAAGCGUCAAAAGUCUGUCAUGAAUUCAUCCAAUUCCGCUGGGUCGGGCCAGAAGACUCUGAAGGGAUUCUUCAAACCGAAAGCGGCUGAAUGUGAUGCGCCCAGUCAACCGGAUACCCAAAUGCCAGCCAACACAAGCUCUUUCAAUCUCGACAAAGCCCCCAACAACGCCAAACUCCUUUCGAACUCCUCCCAACGUCCCUAUUCCAUAGCUAAUGACCUCCAUUCAAACGACGCAGACGCAUUCAUGCAAUCCUCACCGCACAGAUUUCAGGCCGACACAAUCAUCGAUCCGAUUGUCAGCAAGGAAGACUGGACGAAGCUAUUCACAAAGAAACCAAUUCCCCGUUGCGAGGAACACCAAGAGCCGUGUAUCAGUAUGACCACGAAGAAACCGGGCAUCAAUCGCGGAAGAGCAUUCUGGGUAUGUUCUAGACCCCUCGGCCCCAGCGGGGAGAAGGAGAAGGGAACCGAAUGGCGAUGUGCAACGUUUAUCUGGGCCAGUGACUGGAAUUCGCCAAUGCAGCAGGCAGAGCCGUGA